GCAAAUACCAGGGCUCAGAAUGCCUUGGAACGUGUCUUUGGACGACAAGCUGCAUGCACUGCAAGGUACGAUGCUGCAUGGGGGGCAUUAAAUAUCCUGGCGCAACAACUUGGAAAGGUGGGGUGGCAGAGAGGACUUCGGUCGCUGCACCCUGAUGAUAUACGACCACUGAUUGAUCUGGAUAUCAUGCCCGGGCAAGGGAGAAGGAAGCUGACGUGGAUUUGGACCAUGAGUGGCGUGGAUAGUAGCGGAGAUGGGACAGAUGAAGAUGGUGAGUUCCAAUGCGUGAGGGUGGAAUGGUGCAAGGCACGAGCUUGCGCGAUGCGAUGGGCCGAGGAGGUCGAGCUCCUCCAUGAGGAAAUGCGAUGCGUGCUCAAAUUUUUUGAGUGGCAGGCCAACUGGUGGGUUGAGCAGGGAGAUCGGCGUACUGAGGUGGAUGUAGAGUGUGUUGAGGGCAUCCGAGCUUAUGCUACCAAGCAGGCGAGCAUUCGCCGUGCAUUUAUUGAUCAUUUCCAGACCUUAUGGUCUCCCUUUUUA